CUUGGACGUGACAGGUCACAUCAUAUAUGCAGAUGACAGUUCUGUGGUUAUAACCAACAAAGAUGUUUUUAUAUUUUGCGCCAUAUGCUUAAACUAGAGAACUUUAUAAAACAUGGUUCUUUUAGAAAAUGAAGCAUUUCUAUCGGAACUUUCAAAAUUAUUUCAAAAAGCUAGAUCAAAUGGAUCUGUGACAAUGACAUUUAAGCGUUAUGACGGUAGAAAUCGUCCACAACCAAGAUGUGGCAAUCCUCCACUGCCAGAACCAAUGGAACAUCUUUGUUUGCUCCGUGCUAAAUUUAGGUCCAAGAAAAUUGCAACUGUAAUUCAUCAAAAGGAUAUUAAUAAGUUUCAAGUAGCAUACAGUAGUUUACUCAAAGGCAAUCUCGAUGGUUUAAAGAAAUUGAAAAAACCAAAAACAAAAACCAAAAUGGAAUAAAAUAGUUUUUUAGUGCUCAUAACUGAUCAUUUUGAUACAAACAAUUUUAUUAUGAACUUUUUCAACCGGUAAUAUGUUGUUGAUAAUGUUUAUCAGCACUAUUAAUUAUUAUUCUAUCAUGUUAAUUUAGUUAUACUUGAUUUAGCACAUGAAAAUUUCAAAAGUUAUUUUUGCAUUAUUUGAUAAAAUGCCAAUAAGCCUCUAAGCUCUAAUUAACAUUUUUUUCACUAUCUUUCAGGGACUUGGCUGACUGUUCUACCCUUUAUCAGCAUUAGUUUAUCAUAAUAUAUUUUGUAAAAA